AUGGGUUCUUUGCCGGAUACUUUUUAUUCCCUACCGAGCUUGCUGAAAGUCCGUCUUUCUUACAAUAACCUCACUGGGGGCUUGCCUGCCUCAUUUAAUGGGUCUAGAAUCACAAACUUAUGGCUUAACAAUCAAGUCAAUGGACUAUCUGAUACAAUCGACGUAUUGUCAGCGAUGCCUCAAUUAUCUCAGGUUUGGCUUCAGAAAAACCAGUUCACAGGUCCCAUUCCCGACAUGUUCAAUAGCAAAAAUUUGUUUGACUUGCAACUUGGCGACAAUCAGUUAACCAGUUUAGUCCCAACUUCUUUGAUGACUCUCUCAAGCUUGGAGAAUAUUUCUUUGGACAAUAAUAAGCUACAGGGUCCUAUGCCUCAAUUCAAUAGAGGAGGUGUGCUGGUUACUCUUGAGGGGAACAGCUUCUGCAAAAGUGGUCUGGGAUCUUGCGAUGAUUGUGUUACAACACUGCUUGAGAUUGCUGUAGCAUUUUGGUAUCUAGUUAAAUUGGCAGAUUCAUGGGAUGGUAAUGGCUCUUGCAGUGAUUGGAGUUUUAUUGUGUGUACAGAUGGAAAGAUUACAACGGUGAAUAUGGCGAGGCAGGUUUUUGGGAGAACAAUUUCACCUGCAUUUACCAAUUUAACGGAUUUAAGAAACUUGUAUUUGAAUGGUAAUAAUUUGACAGGCACAUUACCAAAGAGCUUGAGAACAUUGCCUCACCUUGAGAUUCUUGAUGUAUCUAACAAUAAUCUUUCUGGAGAGGUUCCUAAAUCUUCAUCAAAUGUAAUGUUGACAACUAUUGGUAAUCUUUAUCUUGGAAAAGCUUUUGAUUAUGGGGGUGGAAGAAAUGCAAGUAGUCCUGCCACUGGUUUUGACGAUAAUCCACCAGUUGGAAGUCCGUCUAAAAAGAAAAAUAGUACUUCCUUAUCAUCUGGUUGGAUUGCAGGCGUAGUCAUUAUUGCCUUGUUUUCGGUGGGGGGGGGAAGAUUUGGCAUUGUUUACAAAGGAGAAUUUCAUGAUGGAACAAAAAUUGCAGUGAAGAGGAUGGAAUCUGUUGCAACAGAAAGCAAAGGAUUGAAGGAGUUCCAAGCAGAGAUUUCAGUGCUGAGUAAAGUCAGGCACAGGCACGUGGUUUCUCUCUUAGGAUAUUGCAUUAAUGGAAAUGAAAGGCUUUUAGUUUAUGAGCAUAUGCCUCAAGGAACACUAACACAACAUCUUUUUGACUGGCGUCAGAAAGGCUUUGCCCCUCUAACUUGGAAGCAAAGGUUAGUUAUAGCUUUGGAUGUGGCACGUAGAGUGGAGUAUUUACACAGCUUAGCUUACCAAAGCUUCAUUCACAGAGAUUUGAAGCCUUCCAGCAUUCUUCUAGGUGAUGACAUGAGAUUUUGGCUACAGGAAGUAACAACUAAAGCGGAUGUCUAUUCAUUUGGGGUUGUGUUGAUGGAAUUGAUGACUGCUAAAAGGGCAGUAGAUGAUAGCAUCUCAGAUGAAGGCUCUCACUUGUUUUCAUGGUUUCGUAAGGUUCUAAUUCGCAAAGACAACUUCCCAAAUGUUAUUGAUCAAAUGUUAGACAUAGAAGAAGAGACAACAUUGGAGAGCACAUGUAAAGUGGCUGAGUCUUGCAGGGAAUUGCACGGCUCACAAGCCACACCAAAGGCCAGACAUGAGCCAUACAGUCAAUGA